GGAAAUUCAUGUUCCCGUAGCCUGGCGAGCGCCCGCAAGCGCCCGCACGCGCCAUGGCGCCUCGCCUUUGGGAAGUGGUGGGCGGGGAGCAAGCCGGCGGCCUCGUGGUGCGGACGGGCGCAGCUUUGGCCUCGGAGAAGCUCGACGAGAGGCUUGGCACAGGCGCAGAGGUGCAGGAGCUGGAGCUGGCGAACGAGCGGCUCCACUUCCGCCUGGUCCGAGGCGUCGGCCCCAAAGAGGGCUGGGUCUCCCUGCGGCUCAAGGACAAGCCCUUGCUGCAGCCGCGCGAGGCCCGCGCCAGUCCGUUGAGCGAGCUCUUUGGACCACCACAUGAGCUGGAGGUGGUGCAGCUGCCACCAAACGUGCGCCUGCGGGUGGCUACGAUCAGUGACAUCCACACGGAUCACAAGGUCAACAUGGAAUGGUUCAAGAAGCGCUUGCCGAGCAAGUCCCCUGACGUCUUCAACGUGCUCCUCUUGCCAGGAGAUGUCUCGGACGACCCGGCGGUGUUUCGCCAGACCAUGAAGAUGCUGACGGCCAGCUUUGAUAUGGUGUGCUACACCUACGGGAACCACGACCUUUGGCUGAGGUCCCAGAACGCCGAGCCCGACAGCCUCGCCAAGCUUCGGACCCUGCGCCGCACCUGUGAGGAGCUUCAGGUGCGCACGGGACCAGUGGAGCUGAGACUCUUAGGCCGAAAGCUGCUGUUGUUGCCUCUGCUCUCCUUCUACACCUCCCAGUGGGACAAAGAGCCCGAGCUCGCGUGGUGCCCGGAGCAGCAGAAGGAGAUGGUGGCAUGGAUGGACUUUUACAAGAUCCGCUGGCCCGAGCUGUUGAUGCAGGAAGUGGCGCGCCGCGAGAAGGAGGGCUUCUUGUUCGGCAAGCAGGGCACGUCGAAGGCCAUCAGCGAGAUCUUCGCCGAGUUCAACGAGCCCUUGCUGGCGAUGGCCGAAAUGCAGAGAGAUGACUGCACGGUGCUCUCCUUCUCGCACUACCUGCCCAGACAGGAGCUGUUCCCUGAGAAGCGCUUUCUGGUGGACUCCACGCUCCACAAGGUCUCCGGCUCGCUGGCGCUGGAAGAUCAGAUCCGGCGCCUCAAGCCGCAGGUCCACGUCUUUGGGCACAGCCACUUGACGGUGGACCUGGUGCUGGAGGGCCAGAGGUACUUGCAGUGGGCCCUGGGCAGCCCCAAAGAGCAGGCGGCCAUGACCAGGGCAGUGGCCGACACGGGGAUCCUGGUGCUGUUUGACUCGGCGGCUGAUCCACCGUUGGCGCCUGUGCAGGAGACCUUCUGGGGCCGCUACUUCCGCGUCACGCCUCGUGAUGUGUCCAAUGACUGCCCGGCGCCGCACGUUCGCCAGCUCUUCGCCCGGGUCUUUCAGCAAGAGCUUCCGUACGACGACGAGUCCUACCGGUCGGGCCCAAAUCCUGGCCCGGCGAUUCCCAGCUAUGAGGGGCUCUUUGAGCCGCGCUGGCGCAUCUGA